CCUGGAACCACGGAUUGCAGCCCACGGCCUCAGUGUGACGCCAUGGGCGGGGUGAGCUCGUUGGGGCGUGCGCCGGGCAUGGCCCGCCAGGUGACGCCAGGCCAAGACUUCGGCCUCUAUCUCGAGGACCAGGGCAUUUGGCUGCUGAGUGCCAAGACCUUGGUGGAGUCCCAGCUGCGUCCGCACGAGGAGAUGCUCGCGCGAGGCGAGCUGAUACGUUGGACGCCAAGCCACCCGCGCAAAGUGGUGCUGAUCUCGCACCAGUGGGCCGGCGCCAGCCAUCCAGAUCCUCACUUGAGGCAACUUAAGGUUUUACAAAAGCUGCUGCGGCACAUGGCCUCUGGCAACGUCGUGGUGGGGGAUUCCCAGGCCACAGAGCCAUCCAGAGAGCAGCAGCGGCAGUGCAUGGACUGGGACUUUUGGUACGACUUCUGCAGCAUGCCGCAGGAUCAGCCGGCGUACGACAGUGUGCAAGCACUCCAAGCAGCAGACUACGUCAUGAUCCUGGCGCCGAACAUGAAGCACGCCACCGGAACCGUGAUGAAUCUCUCCUCCUACAUCAACCGCGGCUGGUGCCGCUUAGAGCAUUUCGGGGCCCAGCUCCUGCAAAAGCCCGUGCUGGCCGCAGUGGGGCCCAAGAGCAUUUUCGCCCUGCGCAGCCAGGCUUGGCUGCUGCAGUGGCCUUGGAAGGGCCAGUUCACCUUCAACACUGACCAGGAGCACGUGUGGGUCAUUGCCAAGAAGCUCCUGAAUGAUCGGCGCAGAGCUGUGGUCGCCACAGAUCUGGACAGCUGGCGCUUUCUGACCGCCAUCCGGAACAGGAUGCAGCAGCUGGCAGCUGACAGGACCGUGGACGACCUGUUUCAUCGGUAUCGACUGGAAUCGGCCGAGGACAGCGCCUACAGCCCGCUGAUGCUGGCAUGCAUCGAGGGCAACUGCCAGGACGUGCAGCUGGUGCUCGAGAGCCAGGCAGACAUCAACGAGCAGCGGGUUUUGCCUGUGCCCAGCGGGGCUCAUACGGCGCUGUCGCUGAGCGCAGCUCUCGGCACAGAUCCGGUGGUGCGAUGCUUACUGGACCAGCGAGCUGCCCCCAACGAGGCACCGCUGUCGGCAUCGGCUGAGUUUGUGAAUCACGAGACGCUGCCUUUGGUGGCCGACUUGGUGCAGCCAGGAGAGACCCCUGUGUUCACUGCCAUACUGACUCAUGUUACUACAACGGUUGACACGCUGCUGCAUCUCAAAGGUGAUCCCUCAGAGUACUGCAGCUGUGAGUUCCGUGUGCGCCUGGGGCGCCGCCGGGAGCCGUGGCCUCCAUCCCCCGCAUCUGCGCGCUCCGCGCCAGCGCCCGCAUCGCCGGCGUGGCAGCCCUUUGAGACCCCCGGCCCAGGAAGCCGACUCCGGAGGCGCUCGCUGGACUCCCAAGCCUCGACGCCGAGAUCGGAGAGAGGCCGAGCGAACCAGCUGAAGCGGAUCUUCGAGGAGUUUUCUUCGCGCUCAGAAAAACUCAGGAGUGCGAUGCCGAACUCUCGGCGGAGCUCCACCAGCUCAUUGCGGAAGCCGGAGUCCUCUCGCAAAUCCUCAUUGGCCAGCACUCGAUCUGACCGGUCUGACUCCAAGGGCAAGCGCAUCAGUUUUGCUGAGCCUGCCCUUGAGCCUGGAUCCCAACGGAACUCCGUUGUGUCAUUGGCCUCAAUGCAGUCGUCCUACUCGUGGCAUUCCGAAGGAGAUUCCUCCUACCACUCGGAGGACGAGGAGCAGGUUGAGGUCUCCCUGUGCCGGCCUUUAGAGUUGGCGGCUUACAUGGGCAACCUGGAGCACGUGCAGCUUCUCAUGUGUCGGGGCGCGGACCCAGAGGCGCAGGGCAGCCAUGGCUUCAGCGGCCGGGAGAUCGCGGAGGUCUGCGGGCAUCACCAUGUCCAGCGCUUCUUCAAUGAGAUUCUUCCUGUGAACUACUUCUCAGUUUGAGACCUGUGCCUGGCUUGGUGAGCGCGGUUUUCCGGACAGUGGUAGCUCGGGCGACCCACCGUGGAUAGCUCCUGGUGCUCGGGACAAUCCAAGAAAGAGGCUGCCGUAUGGACCAGUCAGAGGAGGAAGUUCUCGCUUUGGCACA